AUGGCUUUCAUUGGACCCUGCAUGUCUUGCUUUGGUGGGGUUCAGCUCGGGAUGCCAAAGAUCGGUGUAGCUCACUCCCUGUUUCGCCUCUUCAGUCCCAGAACCCGACUUCACAUCCUUUCCUUCUUUCUAAUUAUCCGGCGCGUUUGUAAUAGUAUAUCAUUAUGCAUUGAAAACACCGAGCCAGCCCUAGGAGGCGGAUAUGAUGGCGCUGCGGGGUAUGGAAACGCCGUAUUUCUCACCUGGAAGUGA